AUGAUAAAUAAUUUAUAAAUUGCACCACUAACUGCUCUUCACAAAUUACUGUCAGUAAAUAAACCAAUCAAAUUUAAUGAUAAACUUCAUGAAACAUAGAAAUAAAAGAGUCUUUAAAAAUCAAUUUAAAAUUUAAGCAGUAGCUAAUGUGAAAUGUUAAAUGCUAGAAUGAAAAACAAAUUACCAACUCCAAAAAAUACUAUCGAUUCAUCUUUAAGAUAAAGUAUUGGCAAAAUUAGUAAUAAUAAUGAUAGUGGAAUUAAAAUCAAUAAAAAUAUCAAAAAUGAACUUCUAUAAGUAUUAAGAAAAGCUUAGAGCUAAAAUAAAAAAACUAAUAAUUUAGAAAAAUUAUUAUGCACUUCUAAUAGUCCAAAAUAAUUUAGUGAUUUAGAAAGUUUUAAGAAGAAAAGACCUCCUUUGUUAUAAUAUUUAGGUGAAGAAAAUGAGAAAUUAAAUAUUCAAAGUGCUAAAAGUGCUAACGAAAAAAAUAAAAGUCCAGAAAAUAGAUAUUCAUCUGGUAUAUUUUAAAGUUAAUAUAGGAUUUUUUACUAGUACAAAUUAAAGAUAGUAAUUAUUUGGAUCUUUGAAUCAAGUUUUAAAAUAAUAUAUCUAAUGCAAAAGCUUACAGAAAUGUAGAUAAAUUUAUUAAUUUAGAGGCUGGAACUGGUGAAGGUAUCAAGGUUUGUAAAUCUGCAAGAAGUACCCAUCAGUAAUUAUUAAUAAAUGAACCAAGCAGUCAGGAAAAAUAUUUCCCUAAAUAAAAGUCUGAUUAUUCAAAAGGAUAAUCAAAAAUACUAAAUGAAAAUUUACACAAUUUAUUUUUAAAGACUUCAAAUGUUUUAGCAAAAUAUUAAGCCAAAGAACUUUAAUGGAAAAAAUAAAAAAAAUAAUUGAGAGAUGAAAUUAGGAUUCUUAAACAAUUAUUGAAAUAACAGCAAUUAUAAAAUUAAAUAUAUCACUGA